GUGGCACAAAGCUGAAAUAUGAUGCACGUUAUAAAGAGUCAAGGGCUCGCGUCGUUCCAGGGUCAGGCAGGAUGUACUUCAAGACGAAAAACGCCAUCUCUGAUCACAGAAAUACCGAAUAACGUCAUCGAAACUACACAAUCAUACUUAGAUUGCGAUUAAAAUGUCGCUACAUCGAACCCGAGAUCAGUUUCAGCGGGCGGCUUGGAAGGCCGCACUUUUGCUGCCCUCCUGGACUCUCCAGUUGAUUCUCGCCUUGUCGAUCCUUGCCCUAUUUUCAUGGAGAAUUGCUAUUACCAUGUCCCUAGAUAAAGACAAGCAAGAUAUAGAAACUACGAAGAUGGAAUAUGCAUGGCAAGCAACCAAUAUCGCCAUGUCAUUUGUGACAGGGCUCUGCACCUUUGUCGAAAUCGGAAAGUUUCUAGGUGAAUCCCUAACGCCUUGGUCAAUGCUUUUCUCCAAUGUCAUCAAGACGGCCUGUGCUCUGGCUAUCCUGGCUCUGGACAUUGUUGCGUAUACCAAGUUGAGCGAGAAGAGCUACUCAUUGCUCGGAAUUGCCCUCGAUGGUAUAUUAUUAAUUGUGACGAUUUCUAUGACGAUUUACGUCGCGCUUGCAUACUACCGCCAAUCGACCUACGAAGACUAUACACAUCCUGUCAACGUUAAAGGCUAUGGAUUUUACGACAAUCAAAGCCUAAAUGUACCGAAGCGUAGAUCACGGAAUAGCGAUGGAUCUUCUCUUGAGCCACUUAACCUCGACACCCGUAGCCGAGAAUCAAGCCAGUAUAGCCACACGCGAGACACCAACUACGAGGCGUACAGAAUUCGCAGGCUGUCUGGAUCAUCGUUCCCAGAGGAAGAGACCCAAUACUACAUCAGAAGCCCCAGAAGCCCUCGCAGUCCUCAUAGUCCGGCUGCACGAAGCCCGCCAGUGUCUCCCAGGCUCGCUAUGCUUCCUGUGUGGUCAUCACCCACGGCACAAACCAUGCACCGGGCAGAUACAGUUUCCAGUGCAACAACCCUUAGAAGUAUGCAUGGCUUAAUGUCUGUUCCAGAAGAAAGCGAAGGAGAUAGUGCCAGUUCCUACCAGGUUUCGCUGCUGUCACCAGUGGAAGACGAAGACGACGACAGUAAGACAGUAGUGGGCGAGACCCCGCCCGUUCCUCUGAUUCAAGAGAUUAACGAAGACGGGGUUGUGCAGCCUGCGCGCAGCGACUAAUCAGGCGAGCGCUUACAUGAUGAUUGAAAGAGUGUAUAUAAUGAAAGAUACCCCCCAUUAGAUGUUUGAAGUUUCUUCAUGGCUGGCCU